AAAACUAUCUAUAAAGACAUUUUUUUUUUUUUUUUUGGAUAUACUGGCAAAUUCACGUUGUCGUACCUUUUAAAUUAAACAAAAAAAGAAAAUUUUCUCGUUCGCGCUCUUUGUUGCGUAAAAAUUUGUAAAAAGGAUACAUUUUCGUUUUGAAAAUAAAAAUUCUUGCGAGUAUCUAUCAAAACUUACCAGCUUUAACAUCGCGGACGCUGAUUGAAAUAUAAAUUAUCCAAUCUGCCCAAUUAUAUCCCAAGAAUCGCUAAAGUUUUUUCAAUAAGAACGAUUCUUUAUGUAAAUUGAUCAAAAAAAUAUUUUCUCCUUUACUGAUUGAAAGUUAUAUGAUUAUUAAUUGAAAUGAAUAUUUUUUCCAAGUGACUGCACCGUAUUGGAAAAAGUUUCCUAAAAUUGAUAUUAACAUACGUCAGUUAUAAAUAACAUAAAAUACUCCUUGGUUUCCUAGGUGUUAUUCGAAACUAUAUAUAUGUUAUAAAAAGCCGCAUUUGCGUAUUUCGAAAAACUAUACACUAUAUAUAUAUAAAUAAAAUAAAAUGAUUUUCCAAAAGUUUCCACGUUUUUUGCACAUCAGCCGUUUGGCAAUGGCGAGUGUCGAAAAAAAUUCUUUAGCAACUUUACGCAAAAAGACAGGCUAUACAUUUGCCAAUUGCAAGAAGGCUUUGGAAUUGCACAACAAUGAUAUUAAAUUGGCAGAGAAAUGGCUAAAUGAACAGGCUCAAAGUAUGGGCUGGUCGAAAGCUACUAAAUUAGCGCAAAGAGUCACUUCUCAAGGUCUGGUAGGUGUUUUGGUACGUGGUAAUAUCGGGGCCAUGGUUGAAGUGAAUUGUGAAACUGACUUUGUGGCCCGUAAUGAACAUUUCAAAAUAUUUGUGGAUCAUGUUUCUCGUGUGUGCGCCCAGUACACCGAACUAACACAAUUUGAUGGCGACCUGUGGAAGUCUGGUUUCGAAGCCGAAGCUUUGCGGAAUCUAAAGGCACCGGACGGCAAAAGUUUGGCCGACCAUUUAGCUUUGCUAAUAGGAACCGUUGGUGAGAAUGCCGCCAUUAGACGGGCCAUAUGUUUCAAGGUUAACAAUGAUUUAAAACUGUCUGGUUAUGCCCACCCUCAAGCCGCGUCAAUAGCAUCUACACAAAACGUUACGCAAGUUGGUAAAUAUGGCGCUAUUAUAGCCUUUCGUACUCCUCAUCAAGACGACGAAUUGCAAAAAAAUCUUUGCCAACAUAUAAUUGGUUUAAAUCCACAAAAGGUAGGAGAAGAAGGCAAAGAUGAACCAUUAAGUAAUAAGGAUGAUGAGACUUCCCUUAUCCAUCAAGAAUUUCUAGUCGAUGAAGAGAGAACAGUUGGCGAAGUGCUAAAAGAAAAUAAUUUAGAAAUUAUUGAUUAUCAACGGUACGAAUGCGGCGAGGUGGCCAAAAAUGAAGAAUUAGAACAAGCUAAACUUACCAAUUGAAUAC